UCUCAGCGUAUCCGUGGACAUGACCAGCAGCCUUGUGAGGGCCACGCACCGGACCAGGGAGUGUGAAGAACAACAAUGCUUUAAUUUAAAGUAAAGCAGCACCUAUAUGUUUUUUUUAGCUUCAUCGCCAAAGAAGAUACGUUUGUAGGAGGAUACGGAAUAGAAAAAAAACACAUUUCCACUUGGAUUACUCUUCUUUUUUUUGAUCUUCGAGGCUUCCAAAGGGAAAAAAGAAAGCUUUAACAUCGUGAAGAACGGAACAGAAGAGAAAUCAAAAUGAAGCCAAGGCUCUUCCUGGUCUGUCUGGCAUCGCUCUGCUGUCUGAGUGUCUGUCUGGCGUCAGAACUCUCUUUCCUGCAGGAGCCCAAUGACGUGAUUGCGGUGAGGGAUCACCCUCUCAUGCUGGACUGCCGGGUGCAGGGCGAGGAGCCCAUCAUGGUGACGUGGCGCAGGAAUGGCGUGCCUUUACCCACCAGUCCGCGGGUGCAGGUCAUGGCGAACGGCACGCUGUUCAUCCAGAGCUUCCAGAAACGCAAAGAGGGGAGCGAAUCGGACGUGGGCGAGUACGACUGUGCCGCCCAAAACCGCUUCGGCUUGCUGGUCAGCCGCAAGGCCAAGGUCGCCUUGGCAUCUUUACCCAAGUUCCACACCCACCCGGUGUCCAUGACUGUGGACGAGGGAGGCGUCGCCCGCUUCCAGUGUCAGAUUAAUGGAGUACCUGAGGCCAAGAUCACCUGGGAGAAAGACAACGUUCCAUUCAGCACCACAGACAAAAGGUACACGCUGCUGCCCAUGGGUAUUCUCCAGGUGACGGGGGUGAGGCAGGUGGAUGCCGGCAUUUUCAGGUGUGUCGCCACCAACCCAGCCAACACCCGCUACAGCCACGAGGCCAUUCUCAACGUGACGGGUGGAGCUUCUAGAAUCUACAAAGAGCCAGUCAUAUUGUCAGGACCUCAGAAUCUGACCCUGACCGUGCAUCAGACAGCCAUCUUAGAGUGCAUCGCCACCGGAAACCCAAAGCCUAUAGUUUCCUGGAGCAGGCUAGAUGGACGCUCCAUUGGGGUGGAGGGUAUCCAGGUUCUGGGAACAGGGAACCUGAUGAUCUCAGACGUGUCCAUUCAGCACUCUGGUGUGUACGUGUGCGCCGCAAACCGGCCCGGCACCAGAAUGAGACGCACAGCGCUCGGGCGACUCGUGGUACAAGCUCCCCCUGAGUUCCUGCAGUGGCCGCAGUCUGUGUCCAAAACAGCAGGGGGCAGCGCUGUGUUCAGCUGCGUGGCCCAGGGCGUCCCUGAGCCUCACCUCAUCUGGCUGAAGAAUGGCAAAGUCCUGACUCCUGGACACAACGUCAAACUGACCAACAACAACAGCACUCUGGCUCUGACCCGCAUCACAUCAGAGGACGAGGCCAUCUACCAGUGCAUCGCUGAAAACAGUGCCGGGACCAACCAGGCCAGUGCCCGUCUGGCCGUGGUCCAGGGUAAAGACCUGCCCGCUGCCCCCGAGGGCUUCAGAGCCAGCGCCCUGACCACCAACGUCCUGCAGAUCACAUGGGACCAGCCGCCAGCAGAGGUCACCGAGGGCAUCAUCGGAUACGUCCUGCACAUCCGCAAGAUUGGCGAGCCGGACAGUAUGGAGCUGCAGGAAGCCAUCAGUAAAGGCACCUUCAAGCAUGACAUCACCAACCUGGAACCAGCCACCACCUACUCCCUGUACCUGAAGGCCUACUCUCCUCUGGGAGCCAGUCAGCAGUCGCACACUGUGGUGGAGACGACACUGGGCGACGUGCCGACCCCUCCCACCUUCUUCACCAAGGUGGUGAAUUCCAGUGCGGUGCAGGUUCUGUGGGAGCUGCCCAGUAAGGCCGGCAAAGCCGAGGGCUUCAGGCUGUCCUACCGCAAAGUCCCCCACUCGGACUUCCAGGGACCGGUCCAGCUGCCGCAUCACGUCAAUGCCCACAUCAUCUCAAACCUGGAACCGGGAGCAGUGUAUGAAAUGAAGCUGGUGGCCUACAAUGGAAACGGGGAGAGCGACUGUUCCAAGAGACUGGUGUCACUGGCAGAGGAGGGCAGCAGUGACCAAAGCACUGGUGGGGACAGUCUGUGUCAGUGCAGGGACGGAGAGGCCUCUCUGGGCAGCAUCGUCAUUGGCAUCCACAUCGGCACCGCCUGCAUCAUCUUCUGCGUUCUCUUCCUCAUGUUUGGAUACCGUCGCAGCCUUUUUUGCAGCAAGGGGACUCAGGACAGCUGGUCUGUGCCGAGGAACAACGCAGGACACAAUGGAAACGCUAAAGACGGCGCAAAGUGCCACAGAGUGGAGUCAGUGCCUCAGGUGGUCUCUCAGUGCCAGGUCAUCGUGGAGCCGGAGUCGUCAGGUUUGCCUGGCAUAAGCACUGGCUAACACUGGUCAAGAAUAGCAACAUUAAUACCCCUCCAGCUUCCUCCCCUUCCUACCCCACCCCUGCCCCUUUAGAGAGUCCAGUCAAAGGUUUAGUCUCCCCCCCAAAACCUGCUGCUAUAACCCCAGUGCCCCCCACAGUACUAUAACAGAAUACUGUACCCACUUCACCUCCAACCCUACCUUGAACCAAAGCAUAUUGCCUUUACUGCCUGUGCACAUGCACGUGUGCAUGUUGACAAAGCCUUCAGAAAGCAUUGUCACUCCAGAUUAGGCCCAGUCAAAUUCUUUUAGUGUGCACAAACACUCGCUGUCACUUCUGCCAGUGGAAGUCUGCUCCAUAACCAAAAUAUAUUAUUCCUCAGACUUCCGCCGGCGAGUCGAUACGUGACGUGUUUUACCGUCUUAAAAACACCAAAAUGAAGCCAAAUAAUUUAAAGUGACUGGGCCUAUGAAUCUGUUGUGUCACAUCUCUCAUCGAGUUUGCCUUCAAUUUCUCUGCAAUAAGAAAGGGAAGAAACACAGCUGCCUUUGUGAGCGCCUUACAGAGGUGAGAGUCCGAGGAGAAGUGACAGUACAAGCCAUUUAGAAGAAUCAUGUACACAAGCAUUCUGUAUACAUAUCUUCCAAAGAAAGCUACCUCAGUCUGACAAGAGUGUCCGAGCCAUAGUUGAGGCCAAUGUUAGCCUGUUGAUGCUGCUUGUGCCAGCCUACCUCAACCAAAAAAACCUUUUUAACCUUCACCUAGUUACUUGACCAGUGCCAAUGCCAGUGUUCCGUGCAGGCUGCCAACCAGGCCAGUCCAGAGUGUGCCUACCAGGAUGACCACCGUGGAGAGCAUAACCACGGCAGAGCCUGACUUCCACUGCCACCAACCGAAGCCUUACCGUAACGGAGAUUUCCGUGAGCCUGAACUAGUUCAAGCCAGGUCGCCUGUUGUUUCCACCAACAACAAGUCUUUUCUGUUCCGACACCGGAAAAUGUCAAGGAGGCCCUGUUGCCUUGAGUCCCCGAUCGUCACUGUUUCACACCCGUGGCUUUCAAAUAUGAAGUGUUCGUCUCCAAAAAAACACAUUUUGUGCAGAGGAUGCAGCACAUAGAAAAUAUGGGAGCGUAGACUGUUACCUGAACAUUGAAGCCUACGCAUUCCAUGUUUUUCUAUGACGUCCAUUGAAGAAAACAAGUGCAGAGUGGCUGUUUGGUCUGCACACACCUGAUGGCACAAGGAAGAUGAGUCGUGUUUUGGGGCCACGCUGCCAAGUUAACUCUCCAGAUGCCAAAUCGGUCACCCUGGGACCUCAAAGACCCUGAGUUGGCAGCUUAGGAAGUUUAAAAGUGAUGCUUGCCUGAAUGCACGGACAAGGCUUGUGUCUCACCGUGUCAGCCUAUCCCAAAAAAAAGAAAUUCUUGUAUGAAAACCAAGUUGAAUGAUACCCAAAGAUGUAAACAUUUUGACGGUUUUCUUUAGUUUCCUUUUAAAUGUUCUUUUAAGAGAGACUACAUUUACUUACAGUUUUGGACUGUUCCUGUUCGAAGGAGUCACCUGUGUUUAAAGUGCUUUAACUGAACCCGCGCCAAAAACAAAAGGUUUACCUCAUA